GGUUUGAACAAUAGUUAGAAGUUUUAUUUAUUUUGACUUUUAAAAUUGAUAAUGAAGAUAUUUUUGUUGUUGUCGCUAUUGAACAUUUUUACUUAACACAAGAAAAUUUUCAGCGUGACAUUUUCAAUGAUCAUUUUUAUUAGUCUAUCAAGCCUCAACAUGCACAAGUUAUAUGUAGAUUUUGUUAAGAGUAGAUUAACAUAUUAAAAAUUGAAACAAAUUUAAGAAAAAGAAAAUUUAAUAAAGAAAUUGGAGAAAUACAAAAAAAAAAGUAGAAAUAUUUUACACUAACCGCAGUUAACUAGUGCUUUUUAAAAUCACUUAUUCUUUUUGGAUAUAGUUCGACAAUAUAAAAAUGUUCGAAUGUUUAUGUUCGAAUACUCAGAAAUAAUAGCCUCAAAUAUGGAAACCAAAAAAAACAACCCUUAAUGGUGUCUACACCAUUGCGAAAAACCACUGAAAAUUACUUUGUUGGUCAUUUUUCUGCUUGCUGCUAAUUUUCAAGGAAAGCAAUCAAGGAAAGAUUAACAAACAUGAUUAGAAUGAAUCCAAUGCAACAAAAAAGUGAUAAUAAUAAAGGUAAAAAAAAGACUCAAGGAAUCACACCUUUAAAAGAUAUAGCAAUUGAAAAAGGACGAGAACCAAUUCACUUAUGGUCACACAAAAGAAAAACAAAGUUACUAAAUAAAGGAAGCUACCGGUACUUUUUUUAUACGAUUACUAUAAAUACGUUGAAAAGUUUUUUUCAGAGCUUCAAUAUUAUGGUGGUGGUUCAGAUGGCGCUAGCCGCAGGGGCGGUUUACUUAUCAACGUACUUCAAACUAAGUUUUGAUUUUAAUGUCAAUUUGUUUAUUUCUCCAAUUGUAUUUCCGCUAGCUUUCUCAAUUAAUGCCGAUUUCCAGAGAAGAGAAAAGGUUUUGGAUGAUCUAGCAAACUUUAAAGCAGCCGUUAUGGUUUGGUUUUUUUGUAUGCGCGAUUGGAAGGAGGCAUCUAGUCUAGACAAAGUAUGGAUGCAAGCUGUUCAUCUGAAACUAAAAAGUAUUCUUUUUCAUACACGCGAAUAUCUCAUUACAAAAAAACUAUUACGGCGAAAAGUAAUUCUCAGAGCAAUUUACGAAGAUUUUAGCGACAUUAAUCAGCUAGUUGAAAUAGUUCGAAAAAGCCCCUUGCCUGCAAACACAUCUCUUGUAGCCAGAGUGCAUCUGAUAUUCAACUCAUUGUUUCUUGCAUUUGAGCGUCUUAGAGUUGUUCGUGAAUAUCGCUCACCACGUUCCAUACGUUCUUUUAACAAAAUUUUAAUUUUUUUUUUCCCGACAUUGAUAUCGCCAUACUGCGUACUUUUAGGUAAAACAACAGUAAACAAGUGGUCUCCCUAUUACAUAUCUGUACUAGUCGCGUUUGUCUUUUCAGCAUUGCAAGGGGUUCAGGACAGACUUGAUGAUCCAUUUGAUGGAAUGAGCGAAGAUGACAUAAAUCUAUCAUCAAUAGACGAAUGGACUUUUAACUUUUUAGAAGCCACUAAAGAUAGAAUAUUAACAAUUGAUAGUUUUUAAAGAAAUGGUUUAAAGCUAAAAACGAUUGUUUAGCUUGAAUUGAUUUGGGUUUAAAAGGGAGAAAGGACAUUUAAUAAUCUGAUCUGAGUUUUAACCGCACAUUAAAAAAGAGUGCGUCCAAAAUGUACGUACUAGAAGAUUUUAUGAAAUCUGGAACAAUAAAACAUAUUUUUGGAUAACUUAUUUCUUUAUAACUGUUAUUCUUUAUAAUUAUUAGGCAUUAGUUAAGAAAGAAAAAUUAGUUCAAAUGAGUCAUAUGUAAAUCAGAAAACGUUUACAUAUAUUCUAUUUACAAGAGAAGUAAAAAAUAACAA